CUACUUCCUCAAAGCAUGCAGUUUUGAAUCCUUGGAAUAACAACUUUUGAGACUUCCAGAGCUUUCACACAAGAUUCCAUUCACUUUUGCAUCGUUUCCAGCUGAUUCAUUCCUUCCUACCAAGAAAACCAUGAACACUGGAGAGUCGUCGUUUUUUGUUUCUUCAGUCAAGAAAGUGGGAGAGCUCCUUCUCCCUCCCUUCAUCCAAUCGCUGUGGGAUCAAUUGGUGGUUCCCGAGUUUUUGGACUUCGUACGCGGAGCAGGACUUGAAGAAAAUCUGGACAAGUGGAAGAAAACGCUGUCAAGAAUUCAGACAAUGCUUGAUGAUGCCGAGGAGAAGCAACACAGUGACAGGGCUGUGAAAGAGUGGUUGGAUGAUCUCAGAGACUUGGCUUACGAUCUCGACGAUAUUGUGGAUGAACUCACCACUGAAGCAUCGAAAGCUGAAAAUCAGGAUCGCCCAAGUAAGGUACGGAAACUCACCCCAGUUGCUUGGUUUACUCGUUUGACUCCAAGCCAUUUUAAGAUCAAAAGUAGGCUGGGGGAGAUCACUGAUCGAUUCAAUGAUAUCGAGACACGGAAAAAUCAACUGAAUUUGAAACAAACUGCUGAUGGGAGGUCGUCAAACAAAAGGAGAUGGACAGCAGCGCCAACUUCUGUAAUGAAUGAUAGUCAUGUUUAUGGCAGGGAAAAAGAUACAGAGGCUAUGCUUGAAUUGUUGCUGGGUGAAAAAUAUAGUAAGGUUGGAGUCUCUGUGAUUCCUAUACUUGGCAUGGGAGGUAUAGGAAAGACAACUCUUGCCCAACUUUUAUUCAAUGAUGAAAAAGUGCAAAGCUUUUUUGAAUUGAAAGCAUGGGCUUGUGUUUCUGAAGACUUUGAUGCUGUUAGGGUGACAAAAGCAAUUAUAAAAUCGGCCACCGCUGAAAGCUGUGACGAAACUGAUCUGAAUUUGUUGCAAGUCCAAGUCAAGGAGAAACUAAAAGGGAAGAGGUUUCUAGUCGUUCUUGACGAUAUGUGGAAUGAGAGCUACCAUGACUGGACUAUCCUGUGUGCUCCUUUCCUAGCAGGAGCUCCUGGAAGUAGGAUUGUCAUCACAACUCGCAAUCAGAGAGUUUCAUCAAUGAUGAGUACCAUUCCAGCCUACUGUUUGAAAGUAUUGUCAAAUGAUGCCUGUUUGUCUAUAUUUACCCAACAUGCACUAGGGACAAGCAACUUCAGUGCACAUCCAAAUCUUAAAGAUAUUGGUGAAAAGAUCGUUGAAAAAUGUAAAGGCUUGCCUUUGGCAGCAAAGACCCUCGGAGGCCUCUUGCGCACUACGUUGGACCGUUAUGAGUGGGAAGGUAUACUAAAGAGCAAGAUAUGGGAUAUACCAGAGGAGAGAAGUAGAAUUGUUCCAGCUCUUAUGUUGAGCUACCACCAUCUACCUUCACAUUUAAAGAGAUGCUUUGCGUAUUGUUCAAUACUCCCCAAAGACUAUGAAUUUGAGGAGGAGCAGGUGGUUUUGUUAUGGAUGGCAGAAGGUCUAAUUCAGCCACCAAAAGGUAAUAAGCAAAUGAAAGAUUUGGGUAGUCAGUAUUUUUGCGAUCUAUUGUCGAGGUCAUUUUUUCAACACUCAAGCAUGAAGAAAUCAAAAUUUCUUAUGCACGACCUUAUCAAUGAUUUAGCCCAAUGGGUUGCUGGAGAUAUAUGCUUCAAAAUGGAGGAUAGAAUUGAGGGCAUCAACAAAGGAAAAAUUUCCAAAAGAGUUCGGCAUUUGUCUUACCUCGGCGACUAUUUUGAUGGCGCUAAAAAGUUUGAGGUUUUUUCUGAACUCACUUGUCUACGUACCUUCAUGCCUCUUAUGCUACCUAACAUGGGGAUGUGUUAUUUGACUCAUGAUGUUCCUUUCAAAUUGUUGUCGAAAUUACCAUGUUUAAGGGUUCUCUCUUUUAGUGGGUACCGCAUAGUUGAGCUACCGGAUUCAAUUGGUGAUUUGAAGCAUCUACGGUAUCUUGACCUCUCUUACACUCAAAUUAGAGGUCUACCUGAAUCAAUAACCACUCUCUGCACCUUACAAACACUGAUAUUGGAAAGAUGUUCUUAUCUAGUGGAAUUGCCUUCAAAUUUUGGAAACUUGGUCAACUUGCGCCACUUCAACAUUCUCAAUGCAUAUAAACUGGAAGGGAUGCCUCCUCAAAUAGGUAAAUUAACUAGUCUCCAGACAUUGUCUAAUCUAAUUGUGAGAAAAGACAAUUGCUUCGCGCUAAAAGAUUUAGGUUAUUUGUUGCAUCUUCGAGGGACACUUAUCAUCUCAAGAUUGGAGAAUGCCAUUGAACCCAGGGAUGCAAGUGAUGCAAAGUUAAUUGAAAAGCCCAAUCUCGCUGCGUUGUGCUUGGAAUGGAGCGCCAAUGUGGAUUGGUCACAAGAUAGAGCAAGCGAAUUAGAUAUACUUAACAUGCUACAUCCAAACAAGUCUUUGAAAGAGCUCAUUGUCAGGUGCUAUGGUGGUACUGAAUUUCCAACUUGGUUAAAAGGUCAUUCAUUUCCUCAUAUGGUGCUCCUAAGGAUUGAAAACUGAGAAAGUGCACAUCAUUGCCACCAGCGGGCCAACUACCAUCACUUAAACACCUUUUCAUCGAAGGCAUGGCUAGUGUAAAGAAUGUUGGUGAUGAGUUUUAUGGGGAUAGUUGCUCUCAACCUUUUGAAUCCUUAGAAACUUUGUAUUUUGAGAAUAUGGAAGAAUGGGAGAGCUGGAGCCCUAAUGGGGAGUUCCCACACUUGCGUGAGCUUACUAUUAGAAAUUGUCCCAAGCUGUUGGAGAAUUUACCAAACCACCUUCCCUCACUACAAAGUGUUGUUAUAGAAAGAUGUGAGCAGUUGGUGGUUUCAAUUUCAAGCUUUCCGGAGCUUUGCAAAGUAGAAUUUGAGAAUUCAAGAGGGGUGGUGCGCAAAAGUAAGGUGGACUUCACCUCACUAAACUCUAAGUCUCUUUCAAGAAUUUCGGGCUUUACAUGUCCAAGAGUAGGGUUUAUGAAUGUAAAAUCUCUAAGGAUUACAAAUUGUGAGGAGCUAACGCCUUUCUGGUCAAAUGAAGUGGGAUUACUAAAACCCCUCCCCUGUCUUAGUUAUGUGGAGGUUGAUAACUGUCAAAAACUAGUUUCUUUGGUGGCAGAAGAAGUAAAAGAGCAGCAACAACAGGGUAUGUCAUCCACACGCAAUGACACGAAAUCUUUACCCAAGGCAUUGAUGUACAACAACAAAUGUCUUGAGCAUAUUCUUAUUAAUAAAUGUGAUUCGCUGACACACAUUGCAACAGGCCAACUACCUCCAACUCUAAAACGGCUACAGAUAUGGAAUUGCGAGAAUAUUAUACAAAUUUUGUUGGACAAGAAUGAUACCAACAGUUGCAGUAGCAACACAUCUCUUCUUGAGUACUUGGAAAUUUAUGGUUGUCCAUCCCUCAAAUUCUUAACAUCCAGCAGAGAAUUUCUUGCAACACUUAAACACGUCGAUAUUGAGAAUUGUGGAAUGCUGGAGUCAGUGGCGAAAAGCUUCCAUCGGAACUCUCCUCUCGAAAUAAUUUAUAUUGAGCAUUGUAUAAACCUUGAAUCCUUACUGGACGAAGGAUUGCUCCCAUGCAACCUUAGAGUGCUGAGGAUUUCUGAUUGUGAGAAAAUGCGGGCCCUACCGAACUGCAUACACAGCUUCACCUCUCUUCGAGAAUUGGAGAUAGUAAAAUGUCCAGGUGUGGCAUCCUUUCCGGGAGAAGGCUUUCCCACCAACUUAACAUCACUUGAUAUCAGAGAUUGCAACAUCAAUGAGGCCUUGCUUGAGUGGGGGUUGCAAAAGCUUACCUCUCUUCAACGUCUUCAAUUUGGAGAAUGUCCGCAUCUGGUGUCAUUUCCAGAAAUGACGUUGUCUACCUCUCUAGCCAGCCUCCACAUCAGUAACUUGCCGGAUUUGAAAUACUUAUCUUCCAAAGGCUUUCGAUACCUCUCAUCUCUUAAAACACUAAGAAUUGGUUGGUGCAAAAAGUUGAUGUCCUUUCCAGAUGAUGGUCUGCCUCCCUCACUCUUGCAUCUUCGCAUCUUUUGCUGUGAAAUGUUCACAUCCUUUCCAAAGGAUGGUCUGCCUCCCUUGCUCCAGCAACUUCAUAUUGCAAACUGUCCUCUGCUGAAAGAACACUGCAAGAAAGAUCAAGGACGAGAGUGGUCCAAGAUAGCCCACAUCCCUCGCGUUGAAAUUGAUGAUAGGUUCAUCUAUGACCCAGAACCGGAAGAGCAGAAUCAGCCCAUGGAUCAAUACCGCCUAGAGAUUUUGUUUUAUUAUGCCUAAGACAAGUCUUUUGGUUGGCUUACACAUAAAUCCAAUGGUCAGUUUAUUGCCACAUCACCUCUUUUUAUUGCGACUCUUCUUUGAUUUCCAAUGCAUUCAGGGGUUAACGACAUCGUAAGUGUUUGUUAAAAUGCUCAAGUGACCAAGCAGAGAGAGAAGGCUUUCGACCAUUGAGUGUUUCAUUACUAAUUGCCAUGUUGCUGAUCAUUACAGAUUUUCAAAUCAUUACAAAAAGGUGUUAAGUUGCAAAUUGUUAGAGGUGUGGACUAAAGAAGCUAAUAUAUCUCAUCGAGGGCGACCCAAAAUUGACAUUUUGAAGCUGCCGAGAGCAUCAAAAUUGCGUUUCAAAUCAAGCAAUUUCGAAUGAAGAAUGGGUGGACAAGUGUACUUAAAAUGAUUUUCCCAAUAUCACAGGAGGAGGGCACUGGCGCACGAGAUGCUUAGGAGGCAGAGUAAAGACAUGAUAGUCCAAUUGCUAAUUCCCUCGUACCAAACAAGGAUUCAUAGGAGGGAGACACAAGUGCACGAGAAGAGAUGCUUAGGAGGCAGAGUAAAGAUGCGAUCAGGAAUAUUGUGGCUUAAUUGUUAGAAUAUAUUGUGAGAUUUGACAUUAUGAGAUUUAAUUUAUGCAUAAUUAUAAUUGAUUAUAAUUAAAUUAGAUUUGAAUUAAUUCAAUUUUGAUUUGAUUUGAUCUUUCUUACCCUUUUGUAUUUUCUCUACAUCCCUAUAAAUAAUGAUCAUUUGUAUUAUAAAUGAUUAAGGAAUAAGAGCAACAAUGCACGUAAAAUCUUUG